UCCAACACCAAAACUAGUGCUCAACAGCUCACUCUUCUACUGCUGCUUCGAAGUUUGUUUAGUCGGAGAAAAUAGAUACACGCGCCUCCAUCCUCUCUGUAAUGCAGCAUUGCCGUCUGGCCGGAUAUUAAACACAAUGGGUAAGUGUCAUCGCCGGAACGAUGUCGCAUCCGUCGUCCUCGACCCUCCUGUUUCCACUACCGGACCUGAUCACUUCAAGCUCUGGUCUACUUUUUCUCGCGCAUCCUUCCGCCGCAUGAUCCUCGACGCCGUCCGAUGUGGCGGCAGAAGUCACAAGCCUUCUUCCAAGUCUCCUCCCGAUCAGCCGCCCAGACCUGUUGGUUCCAUUGAUGUAAGAUCUGAAUGUGAACACAAGAAACCUGCCGGAUCCGACAGGUUGUCGGAGCUCUUGAGGCUGUCCGAGUCGUCUGAGAACGAGGAGGAUGUACGGCAAAAGGUGCAAAUGUUGGAGGAGUUGAAGAGAGUAGUCAAGCGCUUACAGAGUAGCAAUGUUUUGGAAGGAGCGAAGGAGGUCCGGCAACUUACCAAAGAGGUUUCCGACGCCAGAACCACCCUAGCUUUGCUCGGAGCGAUUCCACCACUUAUGGCGCUGCUUGAUUCAGAAGAUUCCAUUUCUCAGAUCGCUGCUCUCUAUGCUCUGCUUAACCUUGCAAUUGGCAAUGAUGCAAAUAAAGCAGCCAUCGUUAAGGCAGGGGCUAUUCAUAAGAUGCUCAAGCUGGUUAAUGAAUUCCCAAAUUCAGAAGUCGCUGAAGCUGUAGUUGCUAAUUUUCUUGGGUUGAGUGCUUUGGACUCCAAUAAACCCAUAAUUGGUUCAUCUGGAGCAAUUCCAUUCCUGGUGAAGAAUUUGGACAACACAAACAGUUGUCAAGCUCGACAAGAUUCGUUGAGAGCGCUUUACAACCUUAGCAUCUCGCCUUUGAAUGUUAUCCCCAUACUUGAGAGUGAUCUAAUAGCCUUUAUCAUGAACAAACUGGGAGAUAUGGAUGUAAGCGAGAGAUUUCUGUCCAUUCUUUGCAAUUUAGUAUCAGUAGCAGAGGCCCGAAAGGCAAUCAGUAGUGUACCAGAUGCAUUCCCCAUGUUGGUUGAUGUUGUGAGUUGGACAGAUGCACCAGGUUGCCAAGAGAAAGCAUCCUAUAUUUUGAUGGUGAUGGCUCACAAGUCGUAUGGAGAUAGACAGGCAAUGAUUGAGGCUGGAGUUGCUUCAGCCCUGCUUGAAUUGACCCUUCUAGGAAGCACAUUGGCUCAGAAGCGGGCAUCGAGAAUCUUGGAAUGCUUGAGGGUGGACAAAGGAAAGCAAGUUUCUGAUAAUUAUGGUGGUAUGAGCACCACGAUAUCUGCUCCACAAGAUUGUACAACAUAUUGUUCGAGUGUUGAAUUGAAAGAUGGGAUGGAGGAUGAUAUGAUGAGUGAAGAGAAAAAAGCAGUGAAGCAAUUAGUCCAGCAGAGCCUGCAGAAUAACAUGAAGAGGAUAGUGAAAAGGGCUAACCUACCCCAUGAAUUUGUUCCUUCUGAUCAUUUGAAGACCUUCACAUCAAGCUCAACUUCUAAGAGCGUGCCAUUUUGAGAUGACGGAGUAUUUGGUAGCUUGAGAUUUUCUAUUUAAGGUAUGGU